AUGGUCGAUGAGAAAUCCAACGCUAUGUCAUCGACAUGGGGACCUGCAUGGGGGUCAUACUUGUACCAGAACUUCUUGUUAUCAUCCACCAACAACGCAUCUGCACCUGCUCCUACUACGUUGGAUUGGCUCAACGCUACCAGUCAACCAUUGCUGAAUAACAAUGAUAGUAGUUCUUCGGCAGGAGAUUACUUCGGUCUGCCGGCAAACAACCAUAACCAUAACCUCAACCCGACCGAAUGGGCGGACAACGCCGCCCCGUCGGGCAUUAACGUCAAGACCGAGGUGGAUGACUCCAAAAUUAGCAACAACCAUUUACAACUACAACUACAAUACCAACAACAGCAACAGCAACAGCAACAGCAACGACAGCGUGUUCAGGAGCAAGGUCAAGCUGGUCCAUCAAGCUUCUUUCCUCAAUUCUACUUCCCUUCAUCGGGAGGCAUCAACACAUCGUUGUUGACCCAGACUCAGAAUCAAGGACAAGGACAAAAUGAAUUCGAAUUUGACUAUUCACCUGAAUCCACCAUCGAUUCAUACAACACCAUCCCCCUAUCAGGUCUAUCAACUACCACCAAUGGAGUUGAGCGAGGAUCGACCGACUCGGUGCAUAUGGUAGAUAAUUCUUUGACCAGGUCACCAUCACCUAUCUCAUCUCUUGUGGUCAGCCCGCACGAAUCGCCUUUACCCAGGCCGAUCCGAAUGAGGAAAUCGAAAGGAAGACCAAAAGCCAGUGGAAAGAAAAGAAGUCAUUCACAUUCGAUCUUAUCCGAUUCGGAAGUAUCAGCUUCCCAUUCGCACGAUGACCACGAUCAUGACCAUGAUCAUGAGCAUGAACCGGAGGUACCGGAAGGUGUAGAGAGGGAUGGUAUGAUUUGGGGUAUGAAGGUUGAGGAUUAUCGGGCGCUGAGUGCGAGGGAAAGAAAGAGAGUGAGGAAUAGGAUUUCAGCCAGGACGUUCAGAGCGAAGAGGAAGGAACAUUUAACUUCGUUGGAGCAUGAUCUUGGCGAGAAAGAUCUUCAAAUCAAGAUAGCGAACGAUGAAGCCAAUAGACUGAGGAAAGAAGUUGCUGAGCUCAAGCGAAAAUUGGCUAAAUACGAGAAACAAUAUUAA